UAGUCCGGCGUCUGGUCGCGCCUCGGUACCUUUAAAUGGGAAUUUCCUGGAACGGGUGUGUGUAGUGUUGUGUCACUCAGUGGUGAAUUGAGCGCUGGGGCAGGAUGGAACAAGUUUCAACACCGAUGACCGAGCGUCUGCGGAAUUACUUGUGUUUUAGCCAUGAUGUGACUGGUGAUGCGUUGAAUGUGCAGCCGGGGUUCAGCGUGUAUGACCUACUUCAGUCCAGCAAAGCAAAGAGUGAGCCCGAUUCGGACAGUAUGACAUUCGAGACAAGCGUUUUAACCCCAGACCAGAAGAUCCCCAGUGCUGAUGCUGAGAGUUCCGGUUCUGGUGAAGUGGACCAUCUUCGCCGAAGGGGUCGUCCCAGGAGUGAGGAUAUUGAACUGCUACAGAAUGUUGGAAAGAGGGCAAGGAGCCUCAUACAAUGCAAGUUCUGCUUCAGAGAGUUUCCCAGGGAGAAGUCCUUGCAGGCACACAUCCGUGUUCACACAGGCGAGCGGCCGUUCAUGUGCGACUACCCGGGCUGCGGUCGGCGCUUCACGCAGAGCGGACAGCUCAACACCCACCAGCGGCUGCACACAGGCGAGAAGCCCUUCACCUGCUCCACGGCAGGCUGCAGCAGCCGCUUCACGCACGCGAACCGGCAGUGCAGUCUGCAUCCCAAGUCGGCGCUGCAGCGCGUGCCGCCCGAGGAGUGCAUGCCUUGCCCCAAGAUCUUGAACGAAGCCUCGCCGGACGUGCGCGAGUGGUUCCAGAGGUUCUACCGUCACCGCAUGGAAAGGACACCAGCCAAGGGCGGCCGCAAGCUGCCGGCCAAAGAGCAGUGCGAGACACCAACCCGCUCGUCGGUGAUGGACGGCGGCCGGCUGUCCCGGCUGAAGCGAGGCCUGGCGCCGCUCAUGCAACAGCACAAGAUGUUCCCCGAGCCGCUGAGUCUGGUGGUGCGGCGGAGCCCGCGCCGACCGGCGCCGGCCCGGCCGGCCGCCGGCGGUUGGGACAGCGACGAGAACACGCCAGUGCGCCAGAGCCCGCGCCGUGAGGAGGCGCGCCGCCGCUACCAGGCGCUGCUGGCUGGCAGCCCCGUGCGCAACCCCAAGAAGCGCUGGUUCAUCCAAUGUCUGAAAGACCAGAUGAGUGGCCGCCUGUCGCUCAGUCCUGCCAAGACGCCCGCCUCGGCGACGGGCUCGCCAGCCGCGCACGUGCCGACCAUCACCCAACGCCGACUCAACCUGGACGCCGUGGACGAGCCGCCGCCGCGGCCGAGCGUCAUCCGAGCAGGUGCCUCGCGCAUGGUAGGCGCGAUGGCGCUGGUAGAGUUGUCAAACACUCAUUGCUGGGUGGCAACCAAGACCGAGCCCGGCGUGGAGAAGUGA